CCGCCUCUAUUAAACCAAAAAUACACAAACAAAGAUACAAAAAUAAAACUGUAAUCAACCGUUCCACUCUCUCACUAAAACCCCUCUCUCUCCCCGGCGAUUUUCUCCAAGCAGAGUUUCUUUCUUCUUCUUUUUUUUCAUCAUCGUGAUCGCCAUUUCUGAUCUCUUCGAUCGCUUCGAAGCUUCUCUCGCUGCAGAUCCGAAGAUCUUCACUCUCCAUGUUCGUCAAAAAGCUAGUUGAGAAGGCUUCCAAGAAGCCUGGAGGAAAUUCUGAUGGUUUAAAAUCUGAAGACAUAGAUCCACGUCUGGUUUUCCAUUAUGGCCUCCCGUCAGGAUCCAUCUUGCUGUCUUAUGACUCCAUUCAGCAGAUUCUGGCCAUCCCUACAAAAGAUGGCCAAGUUAAAUUAUAUGGAAAAGAUUCCACUCAAGCUAUAUUGGAAUCUACCGAGACAGUACCAAGCAAGUUUUUGAAGUUUUUUGAGAACCAAGGCAUCCUUCUAAAUGUAAAUGCCAAUAACCACAUUGAGGUCUGGGACAUGGACAAGAAGCUUUUAUCUCAUGUACAUGUCUUUAAGGAAGAAAUCACCUCUUUCACAGUCAUGCAACUUAGUCUGUACAUGUAUGUUGGAGAUUAUGCCGGUAAUGUUUCAGUUUUGAAACUUGAUAAAGAAUCAUGUAAUAUAGUGCAAAUGAAAUACUGCAUCCCUCUUUCAGCAUCUCAUGGGAAUACAGCGGAAAUAGCAGGUGAUACUUCUGUUACACACAUACUGCCUCAACCAACAGCUGAAAGUAAGAGGGUCCUUAUAAUUUAUAGAGACGGCUUUAUUACAUUAUGGGAAAUUCAAGAAAGCAAAGCCAUUUUUACUACUGGUGGAACCAUGUUGCCAACAGCGUCUCAUGAGACAAAGAAAGUGACAGCGGCAUGUUGGGCAUGCCCCUUUGGAAGCAAAGUAGUUGUUGGAUACAGCAAUGGAGAGAUUUUCAUCUGGAGUGUUCCUCCUGCCUCAGCUUCUAAAACUGAACCACCACUAGAUAAAGACUUGUGUGUCACUCAAAGUGCACCCAUUUGUAAACUGAAUCUGGGAUAUAAAUUGGACAAAAUCCCUAUAGCAUCUCUAAAAUGGGCUUAUGCAGAUGGGAAAGCAAGUCGAUUGUAUGUUCUGGGCAUAUCGGAUAUUGUAUCUGCAAACUUGUUGCAGGUAGUUGUAUUGAAUGAGCAUACUGAAUCUCGUACAAUUAAGUUGGGGCUUCAUUUGCCGGAACCUUGUGUUGAUAUGGAAAUCAUUUCAAGCUCCAAUGAGAAAAGCAAGCAUAAACAAGAUGCUUUCCUUCUGCUUGGGAAAUCAGGUCAUGUUUAUGCCUAUGAUGAUUGUGCAAUUGAAAAAUAUUUAUUACAGUGCCAAUCUAGGAGCCCGCCAUCACUCCCAAAAGAGAUAAUGGUAAAGCUUCCAUUUGCUGAUUCAAGCAUCACUGUUGCAAAAUUCAUAACAGACAAUCCAUAUUCAUUAUGUUCAAGUGAUGAGGGCAAUAUUAUGCUGGAAAAACUUAUUCCACCACUAUUUCCAUUUGACAUGAGGCAGAAAGAUGCAACUCACUCAACGCACUUUAGUGGGUUUUCGAAGAGUAAGAACUUGUACAUAACUGGACACAAUAAUGGAGCCAUAAAAUUUUGGGACGCAUCAUGUCCGGUUAUGCUCCCUGUUGUAUCAAUAUUUCAACAGAGUGAGGAUGAUAUCUCUUUAAGUGGUGUACCGCUGACAGCAUUGUAUUUUGAUAGCAACUCACGGCUCCUUAUUUCUGGAGACCAAAGUGGGAUGAUUCGCAUUUUUAGGAUUAAACCUGAGUCAUUCAUGCCAGCGAGCAGUUUUAUGUCUCUACAAGGAAGUUUAAAGAAAGGAAGCAAUCACAUUGUCCAGAGUCUUAAACUUAUGAAAGUUAAUGGAGCUGUACUUUCUAUUGACAUACACUCCGGCUCAAGACAUCUUGCUGUUGGGUCUGAUCAAGGAUAUGUUUCAUUGAUUGAUAUGGAGGGGCCAAUUCUGUUAUAUCAGAAGCAUAUUGCAAGUGAACUUUGCACAGGAAUCAUUUCUCUGCAGUUUGAAACCUGCAGCAUCCAUGGUUUUCAGAAGAAUAUUUUAGUCGUGGCAACAAAGGAUUCAUCAGUUUUGGCUGUUGAGAGUGAUACAGGAAAUACUCUCAGCUCUGCCUUGGUCCAUCCUAAGAAACCCUCAAGAGCUUUAUACAUGCAGAUUUUGGAUGGGCAGGAUGCUUCAGGUAGAGGAUUGAAUAAAUUGGAGGGUCAAGAUUUGAGUAAAGGGAACUCUAUUGAUGAUGCAAUACCAAAGCAAUUAUCAGUAUUGCUAUGUUCUGAGAAAGCCACUUAUGUAUAUUCCUUAGUGCAUGUAGUCCAGGGCAUUAAGAAGGUUCUUUACAAAAAGAAGUUUAAUUCUUCUUCUUGUUGCUGGGCAUCAACAUUUUACACUUCUGAUGCUGCUGGCCUUAUACUUCUCUUCUCCAACGGAAAAAUUGAAAUAAGGUCCCUACCAGAACUGUCCCUUUUGAAGGAAACUUCGAUUAGGGGUCUCUCAUUAUCUACUCCAAAGCUAAAUUCAGUUUCUGAGAAUGCAGUAUGCUGUUCGUGGGAUGGAGAACUUAUAAUCGUGAAUGGUGAUCAGGAAAUGUUUGUUGUCUCAGUUUUGCUCCAAAAGAAGAUAUAUCGGCAUCUGGACUCUGUUUCCCAAGUUUACAAGAAAGAUCUUAUAGUUGCACAAGGAGUUAUUUCUGCACCUGUCAUCCAUAAAGAAAAGAAAAAGGGUAUAUUUAGCUUGACAGGAAGUAAACCAAAGCAUGUUCCUGAGGAAGAUACUCAAGGCGCAAGAGAAGAUAUUGAAGAACUCUCAACAAUCUUUUCAGUUGACAACUUUCCAUCUAUUGCUGAAAGCAGAGGAAACCUGGCCAUGGAUGAAAAUGAAGUCGACUUGGACAUAGACGACAUUGACAUUGACAUUGAAGAUCCAGCACAAAAACCAAAAGGACACCCAAUAAUGGCAGCACUAAACAAACAGAAAUUCACAAGCAAAUUCCAGGCAAUUAAAGGUAAACUGAAAGAGAUGAAGGUCAAAAAUGAAAAAGUGCUGUCAAAGGAAGAGCCACAAGAAGAGAAGGCUGGUGCAGUUGAUCAAAUUAAGAAAAAAUAUGGAUUUACUAUGUCUGGUGAUCCUAGUGCUGCAAAGAUGGCACAAAGCAAAUUGGGCGAAAAUGUGAAGAAGUUGCAGGGCAUUAGCCUCAGAACUACAGAGAUGCAGGAUACAGCCCGAUCGUUUUCUUCAAUGGCCAAAGAGGUCCUGCGAAUAGCCGAACAUGAUAAACGAAGCUCAUGAUCCCUACGGAAUGUAUAUAAUUAUUGGAAUGUAAUUACAUCUGUUUUGUGAUUAUUUUUUCUUUGAAUUUUUUUCAUGUACAUUUAUUUGGGAAGCAAAAACAGAUGCAGCAGUGUUUGGUAAAUUGGUUUUUGAGUGUUGUGAAUGCAUUUUUGUGUGGAUAAUUACUGUGAGAAUGUGUAUUUCUCUUUUUAAGUGGAAUUCCAGAGGACAAAUUUCAGUA